CCCGGAAGCGAGCGCAGGGGCAGCGGCGGAGGCCGGUCCCGGUGCGCUAUGGCCGCUGACGGGAAGGAGCCGCUCCGCGCCCUGCUCCGCGCCGCCAACGCCCUCCUCCAGCAGCGCCGCUACCACGCCGCCCUCGCCGUCCUCAAGGGCUUCCGCAACGGGGCCGUUUAUGGAGCAAAAAUUCGAGCCCCGCAUGCCCUGGUGAUGACUUUCUUGUUCAAGAGCGGAAGUUUAAGAGAGAAACUGAAAUCGAUUGCUCAGGCUACGUACACUCAUUCCCGGAACUUGGCCUAUUUUGUGUUCACCUACAAGGGGCUGAUGGCGUUGCAGUCCCGACUACAGGGGAAAAAAAUUCCAUUUCAUUCUUUCUUUGCAGCCUGCAUUGGAGGUUGGCUGGUGUUCGGUGAGAACAACCCCAUCAACAGCCAGAUCAUUAUGUACCUGCUGUCUCGGGUGCUCUUUGGCCUGUCCCGGCUGGCGGUGGAAAAGGGCUACGUCCCGCAGCCGAAACGGGAUCCCUUCCCGCUUGUCGCCGCUCUGAUUUGGGGGAUGGUUCUCUGGCUCUUUGAAUAUCACCGGCAAACCCUGCAGCCUUCUCUCCAAUCCUCCAUGACCUACCUGUACGACGACAGUGACGUAUGGCACGACGUGUCUGACUUUCUCAUUUAUAACAAAAGGACAGACAGCAAGUAGGUGGCUCGGUUGUCAAACACCUUUGAACGGGACGGCACCUUCCAGCAGCUACUAAGGGAAAAGGUUAUUCUGUUGCUCUUGACUGGUGAAUUCUUUUUAAAUUAACGACUAUCAGGCAAGGUUGCUUUUUGUGUUGUGGCCAAAACGUUCUGAUUAGGCUUCUCUUGGCUCUGUUUAGAGUGAGUAAAUACCCCACAGAAACUUGCUGCAGUCCUCAGUGGGAGUAAGAUGCCUUGGGAAUCUUGAGUUGAAUAAGUCUUUUUUUUUUUUUUUAAAGAGGCCUUAUUUUCCCUACAAGUAUGUGUUUUUAUUUUGUGAAGACACUAAAUGUUAUGACAGCCUGACAGUAAAUGGUCUAAUGGUGAUCGUAUCUAAUCAGGAAAAAAAUGCUCCGAAUGCUCCGGAGACAGAAGUGGUUUUCUGUGCUCCCCGUGGUGUGAGCAGGAGACCUGUUCAGGGUCUGAGGGCAGGAACGGGAUUUCUUGAUUUCUAUGACUGGAAAACUUGUUUAAGCUAUGACAGGGAGAGUUGUGUGCUCCUUCAGAGUGUUUCUCUGCAGUUUUCCCUCAGGGAGGCAAUAAGAUGUUUGAGAAUGAAACUGUUAAGAUUGUCUGGUACUAGUCUGUUAAAUCAGGCUCAGAAGGGCUAUUUUUGCUUGGUUUCUUUCACACCACUUGAGCUGAAUCUGUCCCUUUGUGGAGUGCACUGAUUAAUACCCUGUAAUUACUUUAAACUUAUUUGUAAAGUUCUUUGUAAAAGCUGCUUGAACUAAAUACCAAAAACGGUUACGCAAUGUAGACGCCUGCGAAAACAUGCCGAGGCGCAUCGCACACCCCCGGGUGUCACACCGGCCCUCGAUGUGCAGAAACAAGUGACACUUUCACCAAACACUUUUAUUUUGGUGAAAGAUAAGCACAUGGGCUUUCUCUUAGGCCCAGAAUCUCCCCUCCGCAGCAGUGGCAUAUGUUAGCUGUAAUCAAACUUGGAACGCACCUCUCGUUUGUUGCUGAGCCAGGUUGAGGCCGAAAUUGAAUAUAGGAGUGGAUUUGCCUCUUAAAAAUACACUACUGAGCCCCGGGAAUAGUGCAGGACACACUGGGCUGUGCCAGAAGGUCGACUAGGUAGCUGAGAGAGAAGAAAAACUGUUUAAAAAUUAAUAAAAUCAGGCUGUUAAUAGUGCAAAGCUCUUAUAUAUAGACCACUGUGCCAUCCACUUAGUGAUGUACAUUAAAGUAAUUCCUGACACACUGGUUUUAGGGGGUGGUAUUCCCAAGGGAGUCAUUAAGUUCCUUGUGUUAACCAUUCCCUUUUGGCUCAGUGGGGACAGUUUUGGUCACUCUCCCUGUACCCAUCUGCUUCUCCAUCCUGACCUGACUGUGUCAUUUUAUAACCCCACUGAUGCUGUUCUUUGUCAUUUGUAGACUCUUUACUCCAGGCUCUAGCAAUUUGUCAUAUUCAGUGGUGUGACCGAAACAGUACACUGAAGUCGAGGUAGCUUCUGAGUAGAAAAAAAAAACCUCUUAGUUUCUUCUUAGGUAAUUUUUCUUUGUCUUGCUAAACUCUUUUAUUACUAUUGCUGGUAUUCUGAGUGCUGCUUUGCUCUUUGUUUUCUCACUCUCUGUGUCAGCAAGAGUGCAAUGUUCUCCUCUCCGUAGUCUGCCUGGUGCCAUGAUGUUUGGGACUGAAUCACAUCCUGGGAGGCUCAGGUCAAGUAGGAAUAGAGUCUUCUGGCUCUUAAGUGAAUCUAGUGCUGAGUCUACUGACUGUGAGAUCCUACUGUGCAGAGACAGCACCUUGUUUGGGCUCAUCCCAUGCAAAUACGUGACCUACUCCUCUUUGGUGCCCCAAAGACAAGAUACUGCUUUGCCAUAAUGACUGUCUGUGGUGCCUUCAGCUUUUAACUUCACAGAAUGAUAUGGGGUUGGAAGGAACCUCUGGAGAUCAUCCAGUCCAACCCCCUGCCAGAGCAGGUCCACCCAGAGCAGGUCCCACAGGACCGUGUCCAGAAUGUCUCCAGAGAAGGAGACUC